CUUUGACAACCACAACAUCCGUGACAACAAUCACCGCUAUGACGAGCACUGUCCCUGCGAAUGCCACCAUCACUUCCGUUACUACCACCACAAUCACCACCACCGAUACGUCAACCACAGCCACGACCACCAUAAUAAUAGACUCUCAGGAUGUGGCGCGCUGCAACAACCCCUUCACCACAGCCGGGAACGUUACUACGCCCGCAAAAUUCAUCAAGCGCGCUACCACAACGUCAUCAAGCAAGACUUCGACCAGGUCGCUGCCCUCUUGCCUCGCUACGUACAGUCCUGGUGCUAUCCUCUCUUCAGCUUGCAGUUGCCUGUCAGUGCCUACUUCUACGAUGACAAUCACCGCCUCUGCUGCGUCAACGCAGCUCAUCACGACAACACUGAGCCUGUUGGGAACAACUACGACAACGCCGUUGAACACCUCAACCUCGACCUACACUGCCACACAGGUCUCGACCGUCUACACGAACACAAUCGUCCGUGUCCAAGCCACCGUCACAGCCACGACAGUAACCGGAACCUUCCAACUCGUUGCCACAGCAAGCGCAGACCCAACGAUCAACGGCGCAUAUGCGACAAACAUUCGCGUCGGUCCAACAUACCAGGGCAACAACCUCCUUUUCGGCGCCACGCAGGCCCAGGGAGAUCUCUUCCAGAUCGAUUCCUAUGGCCAUUUGGGUGAAGAAACUGGAACUCAAGCUGGUAAUGUGGCAGCCAGCUUCUCCAGCAACUCCAAUAUCGACUACAUCCAUGUGAAUUCGGCAUCGAACAUCAACGAUUUUGGGUUCCAGAGGCCGAUUUGCUCAGCCGUCGUCGCGGCUGAUGGGACCUGCCCGGUGCAGUGUUCAGUGUCUGGCAGGACAGUUAACUACGAUACAUCAAAGUCUUCCGUGAGCGGCGCAUAUGCGAUUACGGGGUGCGGCGGCGGUUACUGGGCGCUCGGGACGAGCACCAGUAGCACUUGUCCGACAUUCGAGAUGCUCGUGGUACCGCAAAGUGGCUAAGCCAUUCAACGGAUAUAGUCGCCUUGGACCAGCUACCAAUGCAUUUCUGACGUGGCACAUAGCUGAGCCAUUCGCUGGCAGCUCGCGAUGUUAUUGCCACGCUGUUACUCCUCCCACUGGAGUUAG